GGUUGCUUGCUUGUUUGUACGUUGCCGCAUUUCGCCAGCAAUUCUGUCGGUAGUUGUCAAGUCUGUCGGUGGUGUCGCUAGCGAACGGUCGCUGUAACGAGAGCUAGUGAAAAAAUAGUUCACUAGCAACUCCAGAAUCGCCUUAAAUUGUAAAACAUGCGUCAGUGUUGAUCAGUGUGCGUUUAGAAAUGUAUGAGGAAGUUGUUUCAUACAUAUUUCUCUAAAUUGUUAUUUCUACACAUUCCAAUGGAAUAUAAUUUUUCGUGACAGGAACAAUAGGAAUUAUGGAAGAAAGAAAUCACAAACAUCACCUUGGCCACUUGGCUAACAUGUUUCCAGUCAUUCAUUUUAAUACCGACGUCGUGGACAUACCGACAGAUGCUCCUUGCAUCUCCAAGUUAGAUAUCUUUCUUUUGGCUUGUUCCAUCGUUAUGCAUAUUUUGGACAUGUGCUUUGACUAUAACAUCGCCGUCCGAUAUUGUCUGGCCGGCAAAAUGACAUAUUUUGCUUGGACAAUGUGUCUUAUCAUCCUGCCUUCUUUGGUGAAUGUCAUCGUCAGCAAAAGAAUGCAACGUCAAGAUAAAGAAAUGAAUUCUAGUACAGACUCGUUAAGUGACAAUAAGACAACACGUUUACUGAUUCAAAGCAAAUUAUGCUUUGUGAUUGCUGUCGUUAUGCAAUUAGCACCAGUUAUACAUUACUGGGAAACCUUGAAGUAUGCCUUAAAAGCACGCAAAUGCGAGAAGUCUGGAGAUCAUGCUGGCGAGAGACGAUAUUACAUCAAGAUGCUCAAGGAGGAUCAGGAUGUUGCGUUAUUGAGAGUGUUUGAAUGUUUUUUAGAAGCAGCACCACAACAAAUCCUGCAGCUGACGUUAAUGCUGAAGCAUUACCAUAAUGAAGUUAAUUUUGAAUUUGUACACCAAGUAGGUAGUAUCGUUAGUUCACUCACAAGUAUGGGAUGGGCCAUGGCCAGUUAUCAUCGCAGUGUUCGACUAGCACAACAGGAUAAAUCGAACAUUAGUAUUGUAGGAACCGUUCUGCAAUUUCUGUGGCACUUCUGCAUUACAGUGGCAAGAAUCAUAUCGCUCGGUGUGAUUGCGAGCGUUUGGCCCCUGUAUACCAUACUUGGUUGCGUACUGCACUGGAUAAGCAUGACAAUUUGGAUCUUAAUCGAUUCUAAUGGAAUAUUAGAAUUUUGUCGAACCUACAGUCGCCCACCGCACAUGCAACCAAUGUUCAAGGAACGCAUUUAUUCUAUAUUAUUUGCCACGGUCAUUGGUAUAGUCCAUACUUUUAUAUUUCUAAAUACCAUAGAUGGCAACACAUUUUGGAAGCAUCUGUGUUUUUAUAUGCUCUGUGGGUUGGAAAAUGUCGCCGCAAACCUAUUGUGGCGAUAUACUGAACUUUCUCCUGAAGUUAAGAGUGCUUGGUAUUUUGAUACGUUUCCUAUUAUCUGUCUCGUCUCCUUUGUUCUGGGAGUGGCAGCAAUAUUAGUGUACUAUACUAUGUGUCAUCCCUCAAAAAGACGACAUAGUUUAAACACACCGUUACAAGUGGCGUAACUGUAGAUGUCAAUUAUAAGAAUCUCGAAAUCUUAUGCAAUUUUCAAUGUUUUUUUGUUACAUAUGGACUUGAAGUUAAAACUGAACAACGAUUUUGUUAUGCAUUAUUCGUAACUUUUUUUGUAAGUUUUUUCAAAUCUGAAAAAAUUUAUAUAUUAUACUUCUGCAAAAUAGUUGUAAUUGCUCAAUAUAACUAAGACUAUUUCGACAUUUAAAAUAACAUUUUGUACUUCAUAAUUUAAGAAUAACGUUCUUUAAAGACUGCAUUUUGUAUGAGUAUCUGGUCACAUCAAUUUGGAUGGGCUAAUGAAACUAAGAAGAUAUUCUUUAGAUUUAAUUUAAGCUAUAACGAAGUAAUAUCUCUCAGGGAUAUUUGUACCAUGUGAUUUCAAAACCAUAUUUUGUAUGAAACAUACUAUGGGUUUAAGAUUAUUCAUUAAAUGCAUUAGAUAUUACCAAAAUGAUAUCUAAGGCUUAGUAUGAAUAUUUUACAUAUUCAGAAAAAAACGAGGAACGAAAUAUACAUACAAAACAU